AUGAAUCACACCAAACGCGUCCGGUUCAGUCACUCAGUUGAACAAGAGGAGGAUCUACAACAGGCGAAUGCGGAGAACAUUGCGGAGAACAUUGCGGAGACAGUCAUCAGCAGCAGUGACACAACAGGCCUACUCUCCACGGUCUCACACCAAUCCACUCAGCCAGUGCAAGAGAAGUCACUACAGCAGGCGAAUACGGAGAACACUGCGGAGAAACCAAGCGACAACAAGGCCCCCAGCACCAAGAACAGGCUCAGCUCUCCAAGAUCCCACGUCAUAUGCUCUCCACGAUUCCACAUCAAAUCAUCACUCAGCAAGCGGAGAACACCACUGCAACUUAGCCUGUCAUCCCCACUACAUUAA